UGAAAGAAAAAAACGAAAUUUAAAAUGGGUAAACCGGAAGCUGAGUUGCUUACUAAAAUAAACUCAUCCGAAAAGAGGUCAUUGUUGAGCAGGUAUAAUAUUCCAAUUGAACACCUGUCGUACGAAUACAUUACCGAGUGCAACAACACCAAGUAUCUCGAGAGAAUUGUUUUAAUAUUGAGAUCUGGCGAAGAAGGUUACUAUCCGGAGUUGAUAAAACACGCCGAAAUUAAAUUAGCCUCAAUUUUUCCCCAAAGUAUGGUUUUAAGAGAACCUCAACCAAUAAUAAAACAGAAAAUGCUGGAAAAGGAUAAACAAGAGGAAAUUGAUUGUGAAAUGGAUACUUGGAUAAAGCAAAUGAAUUUGAGGGAAAAAGAUUUAGAGGAUGGUAAAAAUUUAAAUAAUAAUCAAGAUAUUCCUCAGCCGGAUAUUCGUAAAAUAAUUCCAAAGUCGAAAUCAACGUCCGAUGAUUUGGGAAAUGAAAAUAAAGGAAAUAUAAAUAGAAUUAAAUCAUUCGAUUACGCUGCAUGGGAUAAAUAUGAUGCUGAUACUGAGUUGAACAAAAUAGAUUUACAGGAGGAACAAAGACAAGCUAAAUUUAAAAAAUUACAGCAUGAUAAUGAAAAGAUGGCUCAAAAAUUUUCACAAGAUGAAAUUGUCAACAAUUUAACGCUUUCUGGAACGGAGUUGAAUAUAAUGGCCGAGCGUGAACGUGAAAAGGGGAAUGAAGCCUUUCGUGCUGGUGAUUAUCAUGAAGCAUUAACGUUCUAUAAUUCUAGUUUAUCUAUUGAUUCAUCGAUAAAUGGAUACAAUAAUCGAGCAAUAACAUAUAUAAAGUUAAAAAGAUUCAAAGAAGCUGUCGAUGAUUGUAACAUGGUCUUGGAAAUAGAGCCAACAAAUAUAAAAGCUCUGUUACGAAGAGCUUUUGCCACUGAAAACAUCGGGGAUAAAUCACAAGCAAUAAAAGACUACGAAAUGAUUAUCAAGUUAGAGCCUAUGAAUAAACUGGCAAUAAAUGCAUUGAAAAAAUUACUUGGAUCUAGUGUAGCUAAAAAAGUACGAAUUAAAAUAGAAGAUGAAGUAGAAGAAAUUAAAUCAAAUAAUUAUGGAGUAAAUAUCGGUGAGGAUGAAAGAUUUGAUAUAAUGUCACAAAUGGAGCAGAAAUAUUUAGAAAGAAAGGGAAUUUGUUUUUGCAAUCGAGCUCCAAGUACAUCUCGGUACACUAAACCUCUGCCGCAUAGAAAAGCUAGUUAUUGUUAUGAAAGUAUUUCUGCCAAACCAAGUUUCUAUAAAUAUCCCAACAUUUCGUCAUCAGCUUCAUCAAUAUUUAGUGAAACAUCUGUUUCUUCAAAAAAUUCUGGAGUUUUUAUUGAAGAAAUAACCGAGAGUCCAAAAGUUAAUAACUCCGAGCCUAAUUUACAAAAAGUUGAAACUGCUCAACUCAGUUCUUCAAAAUCCGAAUCUGAUAUUAAUUUUAAACACAAAGAAAUAUUUUCUCACAAUAAUGAAGAUGAUAUGAUGAAGUUUGGAGAAAUUAGAACUCCAUAUGAUUUUGAUAGUGCUUGGCUAUCGGUGAAAAAUAAGUCUCUCAAAUUACGUGCUCGGUUAUUGAGAGCCGUAGGUCCAAGAAAUAUUGGAAGAGUCAUAAGUAACAAACUAGAUGGACCAAUGUUUAGCUUAAUUUUAAAAACUUUAGAAACUAAUUUUACUACCAGCAAAGAUGUUGAACUUCUAAAAGAAUUUUUGGAAGCUUUUAGUAAAUUAAAUCGUUUUUCAAUUAUUUUAUUGUUUGCUGAUAAAGAUGAUCAACAAGCGCUGGAAAAUAUAUUUAAAUUUCUUGAACAAGAGCAAGUGCCUGAUAUAGAAAAUCUUUACAAUACAUAUCUUUUGAAAGAACAAUUUGUAUAA